CAGAGAGAAGUAAGUCAGAGGUGGCCGUGGAUGGCAGAGGUUUUCAGGCCUUGGCAAGAACAUCUUCAGCCCACCUCACACUUUGGGAUCCUUGGGGAGGAGGGGCUGCAGCCCUGACCUACCAUUAGCACAAUGAUCCUCAGGCUGCUCCUGGCUCUCAGCUUCUUUCCCCCAAUUCAAGUAGCAGAAAACAAGAUUUUGGUGAAGCAGUCACCCAUGCUUGUGGUGUACAACAAUGCUGUCAACCUUAGCUGCAAAUAUACCUACAACCUCUUCUCAAAGGAGCUCCGGGCAUCCCUUUAUAAGGGAGCAGAUAGUGCUGUAGAAGUCUGUGUUGUGAAUGGAAACUACUCCCAUCAGCUUCAGUUUCACUCAAAAACAGGAUUUGACUGUGAUGGGAAAUUGGACAACGAAACAGUGACAUUCUACCUCUGGAAUUUGUCUGUUAAUCAAACAGAUAUUUACUUCUGCAAAAUAGAAGUCAUGUAUCCUCCACCGUACAUAGACAACGAGAAGAGCAAUGGAACCAUUAUCCACGUGAAAGAGAAUCAGAUUUGUCAGUUUCAAGGAAUUCCUACGUCUUACAAGAUAUUUUGGGCACUGCUGGUGGUUGGUGGAGUCUUGGCUUUGUAUAGCUUCCUAGUAACAGCGGUUCUUUGGAUUCACUGGAUAAAUAGUAAGAAGAACAGGAUCCUUCAGAGUGACUACUUGAACAUGACCCCCCGGAGGCUAGGGCCCACCCGCAAGCACUACCAUCCCUAUGCUCCAGCACGAGACUUUGCUGCCUACCGCUCCUGACAUGGCCGCCUAUCCAGAUGCCAGCCGGCUGACAUCUCUUCAUCUGCUCAACACCACUGCUCUGGAUAGGAAAAGACCACCUCAUCUUCAGCCGGCCACCUCAGGCCCUGUUAUGCCACAAAUGCCAAUUUUUCUUGACUGACUAGACCAAAUAAUAUCAUUUUGAACUCUGGAAUGGAGUUAAAGAAUAUUACUAUGGCAGGCUAAAUCUUGCAGCGUUAUGACCAAAAUUCAAACUUGCUAUGUAUUUAUUGACUAGAUUGAGAGGUUAGGGUAGAAAAUAUAAAGUGAGUGAAUUCUGUUAGCCUUAAAAUCUGCUUACAAUUUACUCCUUUCUUCACCCCCUGCACAUGGUCAAGUGAAGUGUGAUAUUGAAGGACUUUAUAGAUGGAGAAGAAAGGUUAGGAAAUCAUUUCUCGUUGAUUAAAUCCCCAUUUAGGAUGGGAAUAGGUUAGAGUGGAGGAGGAGGGUAGAGAGACUUGAAAAAUUUUAAAACCAUAAAACACUGUCUCUCACUCAUGAAAUGAGCCACUUAGUUCCUAUUUAGUGUUGUUUUAGUUUUAGUUUAGAAAGAUAUAGACAUUGUCUUUGAUGAAUUCUGGUCAUAUUUAGUCAUUUUGACCAAUGGAAUACCUUCAAAGCAAGGCAAGGCAAACUGACUUGCUUUUCUUACUCCCUGUGAUGGAAAUUCAAUGUAGUCUUCACAAUAUGAUUUUAAAAAAUAAUAAAGUAGCCCUUCCACACCAAGAAAGAAUAUGUUUGGAAGUACAGCCACCUGAUGUUAAAUUAUUUAAAUAUUAUGAAGGGUUGUUUAGCACCACAUUCCAGUCAACUCCUAUAGGGGGCUUUUCUGUUUCAUAUAUUUCAGGUUUGCACAGCUGGUCUCUUUAUUGUCUGUGUGUAGAUCUGAAUUGGAAUAUUAAAUGCUCAUCCAUAGGAGAAGUGAUGAUACUGUUAAAAAGGGAUGUUAGCAUUCAUCAGUGUGUGGGGGAAAAGUCCCAAGAAACUUCUGCUGAAGGAGGGAGAAUAGAAGGAAUGAGUUGAUUCUUGUCAUGUACUGAGUGACUGGCUGGUGGAAAAUUUCCAGAAGAUGGCCAGCUGAAGGAGUCCUAAUAAAAGCUUCUUUACAGAAACUUCAGUGCUUUAGGGCUCAGAGCUCCAGAACUUUGUGGGUCCAGGUGCCUGUUUACCCUGGAGGUCCAUUGACAUGGACAAGUAUUUUUGAGGUCUUUUGAGACAGCGUCCAAGUUUUCAAGAUACCCUGUAAGGUUUGCCCCUGGAAUGACCGUAGAUAUUUUUCUACCUCCAGUUUGGGUUGACUGGAGUACCUGGUGACCUUGAAGAAUGGCUCUACUGCUACCUUUUUAAUUGUUCAGUGCUUCAAUUUAUUCAGAUGUUAGAGGAGUCUAGGUUUUAGAGGCAGACAGACCUGGUUCAAGUCUCAUUGCUAGUUGACCUAAGGCAAGUAACUGUCUUUCUAAGACUUUCUAAGUCUUUCUAAGACUAUGGUUCUUCAACCAUAAAAUGGAGAUAAUGAUCACAAAUGUCUGUCCUUCUACUGUAAUUUCCUUCAGGAUAUGGCCCUAGUUUGUCUUUCUUUAUACUUGUCCCUGGCACUUAGUACCAUGCCUGGCAUACAAUGUUAGCUAUUAUUAUUAUUGCCAGAUAGGUCAAUUGUGUGUAAAAAUUAAACUGGGCAACACCCUGAGAAGGGAGAGAAUAUUAUAACACAAAUUUAAACCCACUAUCCAGGGAUGAGAUGCUAUAAAAUUUGAGAGCUUCUUAAUUUCCACCAUUAUCUUGUUUUGGAUUAUUUUAGCUUGCAAUGAAAAGGACAGCAUUCCACCUCCCAGCUUUCUGUAUAUAAAGAGGACUUCUUUAAUUUUUUUGCAGUCUGGGGAGAGGUAUGACUAUUAUGAAAAUAAUGAUUUUUAAGUGGGUUUCCAUUCCAUAAAUUUAAUUGAUCUAAAGAAUGCCAAACCCAAGAGUACCUGAGUGACAGAAUAGUUGAAUUUAAGCUGGCACACGUGUCACAUCGCCAGUCUCUUGGCACACAGAGUUCUUUAAUCCAAGUCAUCAAAUUGGAUUUGAAAAUGUUAGAGCUAUAGAAUUUGUAGAAAGGGCAAUGACAAAUAAAUAAAUAAAUAAAUAAAAUUAAAAUGGAAAGAUCUGAUCUUUGGCGACAACUGGUUUGAUUUUCUGAUGGGAAAAAUGGGUUCACUAAAGAUGAAUCACACUUUAGAUUUUUCUUACUCACUUUGAACAGAAUCAAAGGAGAAUGUUAACAGGGAAGUCCUUUCUCACUAUUAGUAUAAACC